GGGGGCGUGAUCAUCACCCGAAUGUGACCUGCUGUUGAGGGAAACAGGUGGAUGCGGGUCAGACUGGAGACGAAGAGCAUGCGGAGCAUCUCGCCUUAGAGGUACUGCUCAGUUUUGGAUUCCUCCAUCAGAACAACUGCUUUUCUCUGUUGGACGCACCAGCCUAAACAUUUGAAUGCAUUUGUCACUGGACACCAUGGAUGUGGUGGAUGACAGCUGUCUUUCACCCAGUAACUACCAUGAGAUGGUGAAAGUAGGGGGCGCAGCGAUGGGAACCCGUGUCCACAGUAUAGAUGUCAUCUUGGGCUUCAGCAAGGACCAGGAUCCUUUACUCAAUCCUGGAGGUAACGCUGUAACUCAUAAAGUUGGUGGAGAGAGUCUUGGAGAUCCACGGGAGCAGAACCAGCGGAUGCAACACUAUGGACACCUGCAAACCAUGAGGGAAACAUCAGAACCGCCUGCGUUUCAUGAUGCUGAUUUAUUCUCCAACAAGUUUGAUGGGGAGUUGGGUGACCUGCGGAAGUCCGUUGAGAGUGACAGCAAGUCUCCAGAAUCUGCCGAUGGAGAGCAGCCAAAGAAAAAGCAUCGGCGUAACCGUACCACCUUCACCACUUACCAGCUGCACGAGCUGGAGCGAGCCUUUGAAAAGUCCCACUACCCUGAUGUCUACAGUCGAGAAGAGCUGGCCAUGAAAGUCAACCUCCCUGAAGUUCGAGUACAGGUUUGGUUCCAGAAUCGCAGAGCCAAAUGGAGGCGACAGGAGAAAAUGGAUGUGAGCACCAUGAGGCUCCACGACUCCCCCAUGCUGUCCUUCAACCGACCACCUAUGCACCCCACUGUGGGCCCCAUGAACAACACGUUGCCCCUUGACCCAUGGCUGAAUUCCCCUCUGUCCAGUGCCACUCCAGUGCACAGUAUCCCAGGGUUCAUGGGUCCUACACAAGGCCUGCAGGCAGGCUACACCAGUCACGGCUUUCUCAGCUCACCCCAACCCAUGACCCAGAGCAUGCAGCCUAUGGUGCCACCGCCAUACCAGUGUCCCAUUCCCUUCACUGACAAAUACCCCCUAGAGGAUGUAAAUCAGCGCAGUUCAAGCAUCGCAGCUCUCAGGAUGAAAGCCAAGGAACACAUCCAGUCCAUGGACAAAACUUGGCAACCCAUGUGUUAAGACAGAGUAGAACUCUAGUUCGUUGACUGAGGGCCUUCAAGUUUCUUGUUGACUUCAAGGCUAAUGAAGAAACGUUUUGCUUGAAUUGGAUGACAUGUUCUCCUGGUCAGGAACAUUGUGUGUAGAUGCUAAAUAAGUUGUGCCAUUUAAUGCCAUGUUAAUUUAAAUUUUUGCAACUGGAUGUUAACACUUCUCCAAGAAAACCAGCAUUCCUUGGGUUUAGAUGAAGUAAACAAGCAUAAACAUGAAAACUUAGGACCUAUGACAAUUUGUAAGACAUUUCACCACUCAGCAAUUCUGUUCUGAGAAGUCCCUCUUUUACCAUAGUUCGACAUACACCUUGGCAAUGUAGUCUUUUCCGUUCAAUCAGCUUUGCAUCUAGGACAGUCAUAUCACAAUUAGUAUGAGCAGAUUCUGGAUGCAGAGUUACUGAAAUGUGAAUUUGAGGCCAUGCUUUGUAUGACCUCUGUCUGCAAAUUCACACUUUCAUCUAAUGGACUGGUCCAUAUGUUUUGGGUUGACACAGAAGAUCUUGCUAGGUGAGAUGAGCCAUAAAUACAGUCAAUGGUUGGAAAAUGCCUCUUCCUGUAAUUGCAUAGGCAGCUGAACAAUUAGCGUACAGUAAGGUGCAUCUAAGAAUAUCGAGACAGGGCAAAAGUGAUUAGUUCGGCGUGUUUAAGACAAAAACCCCUUGACAACCGUUCCCUGUACGUGCAGAUGAGCAGAAUCACUGUACCUCACCUCAUGACUCCCUCUUUGUUUGGGCCCAUUGAUCCAAGUCCGAUCAUUUGUUUAUAUAUUUUAAGGGAAAGACAGUCAACGACAGUAAUUUCAAGAGUGGAUUUUGAGGGAGAUGUCAAAAGUUAUUAAAUUAAAUGCAUCAUCAGCUCCACAAACCCGCAAGUGGGACUUGCUGCUUAUUUCCUAAAGGAAACUCAGUUCAUGU